UGGAGAAGAAAGAGCAACAUUUAGCACUUUAUUAAGUAUUUAUCUAUUUAAUUUAAUAUCUUUCACCCUUCUUGAAAAUGGAAAACUGUGGAAGCAUGUUCAAGGGAGUUCUGGUCGCCAUCGCCCUGGUCGUGAUGGCUCAGUAUGGAUCGGCAGCAGAAAAGCUGGAUUCCUGCUGCACAACAGUCAGCAGAAAGAAGAUAACUGAUCCAAUAAUUGGGUACUAUACCCAGAAGCCUAACCCUCCAUGUGUCACAGCCAUCAUCUUUCAGACGGAGAAAGGUUAUUUCUGCAGCUACCUGAAGUCUCCCUGGGUUCUUCUCAAGAUCAGAGCAUUCAAUAACGCAGUAGCUAGGGAUGCUGCUUUGUCUACGGCCCCAGCAUCAUCUACUGUCUCCCUGCUGUCCAUCAUUACACCCACUGCAGCAUCCUCCACUCCUCCUCGUUCUUCAUCCCCCACUCCUCUCUCCUCAUCCUCUUUUCCCUCUUCCUCAUCCUCAUUUCCCUCUUCCUCAUCCUCUUUUCCCUCUUCCUCACCCUCUUUUCCCUCUUCCUCACCCUCUUUUCCCUCUUCCUCAUCCUCUUUUCCCUCUUCCUCACCCUCUUUUCCCUCUUCUCUCUCCUUCUCCUUAACAUCGGAGAUACCUGCUGGUGAAAACCUUUCAGAAAACGAGUCGAGCAACGAGUAGCAUCGUCUCCACCUCCAGCGAAGAGUGAAUUCAUCAAGGAGUUCAAGAUAAUAGCCCUUUCAAAUAGCACUUGAAGAUGAUGUUAAAUUAUUAUGUUUAAUAUUUAGUUCUGUUAAAUGCAUUAAGAGUGAAGUUAUUUAUUAGUUAAUUGAACAGUGCUUAUAGAAGUAUUCAUUUAUUUAUUACCAAAUGUAUUUAUCAAGUUAGUUACUGUAUACAAAUUCAUGGUAAUAGUCCUGAGAAAAGGUAUUGAGCUAUUUAUUCAUUUAAAAACUUGUUGUGAAACCAUGAGAUAUUUUAACAAAUACAUUUUCCACAUCUGA